AUGAAGAUUUGUGUGAUCGGUGCCGGUGCAUCAGGACUUCCCGCGAUCAAGUCAGCCAUUGAAAAAGGAUUUAAGGUGACAUGUUUCGAGAAAUCGAACGAUAUUGGUGGUCUCUGGAGGUAUAAAGCUGAUCCAUGCCCAGGAGAGGGUUCUGUAAUGAGAUCGACUGUCAUCAAUACAUCAAAGGAAAUGACAGCUUACAGCGAUUUCCCACCACCGAAAGAGGCUGCAAAUUUCAUGCACAACUCCGAAUUAUUGCGAUAUUUUCGGGCAUACGCUGAACACAACGAUCUCUUGCGUUACAUCAAGCUUGAACAUUCUGUGUCAAAUGUGGCGAGAGCGCCAGAUUUUGAUGAAUCAGGACGAUGGAUUGUCACUUAUACAGAUUUAACAACUGAAAAGACAACAACGGAUAUCUUUGAUGGAGUCAUGGUGUGUACAGGGCAUCAUACAGAAGAAUAUUGGCCUAAACCGUUUCCUGGACAAGAGUUCUUCAAAGGAAAGAUCAUUCACAGUCAUCAGUACAAGGAUUUUAAGGGUUUUGAGGAUAAACGAGUCAUUGUUGUUGGUAUUGGGAACAGUGGAGGGGAUUUGUGUGUCGAGUUGAGCAAAGUCGCUGAGAAGGUUUAUCUCGCGACUCGAUCGGGCACCUGGGUGAUGAAUCGAAUCUGGGACAUGGGUGAACCAGUCAACAACGGUUUCCGAAAAAGUUUCCCCUUUUGGUUACAAAAUUGGAUUCUAUCGAACAAGCUGACUGUCAGAUGUGAUCACGGUCGUUACGGUCUCAAGCCAAAGCAUCGUCCAUUAGAGGCUCAUUUGACAGUCAAUGAUGAAUUACCCAAUCGAAUUGCUUGUGGAAUGGUUGUGGUGAAACCAAACAUUGGAUCAUUUACAGAAGAUGGAGUGAUCUUUGAAGAUGGAACUAUCAUCAAAGCUGAUAUUAUAAUUUUUGCAACUGGUUACUCCAUUGGAUUCCCAGUGGUUGAAGAGGGAAAGUUGAUCCCAGUGACGGAGAAUCGAGUUGAACUUUAUAAGUUCAUGUAUCCACCUGGAUUAGCGAAACAUAAUACCCUUGCUGUUAUCGGUCUCAUUCAACCAGCUGGCUCGAUCAUGCCAAUAUCUGAGAUGCAAGCAAGGGUAUUCACUGGAGCUUUGGCUGGAGAGCUGGCAUUGCCUGGUGAGAAGGAAAUGAAAAGCGAUAUCAAGAAGAAAUUGGAAAAGAUGAAGAAGGUUUUCGUUGCCAGCAGAAGGCAUACCAUUCAAGUUGAAUAUGUUUCUUUUAUGGAAGAACUCGCGAGAAUGAUUGGUGUAAGGCCAAAAUUGUGGACACGUUGGGUGAAGGAUCCGGCGCUAGCAUUUGUGCUUUCAUUUCAUGGAUUAGCUCCGUAUCAGUAUCGAUUAGAUGGUCCAAACUCUUGGCCAGGUGCUCGAGAGGCUCUUCUCGAAAUGGAUGAACGAGUUUUUGAGACAACGAGAACACGACGAACAAAAGAAACAAUGGAAUCGAGACCAUUCUCGAAGAUCAAAUAUUCAUACAGAGCUGUGAUUGCC